GAAACCAUGCACUCUUGCCCUGGUUUAUAGUGAGGGAUAGACAACUGUGUGUGGAUGGUAUCAAUGAUUAGGGAACGUCGUGAAUAACAUCGUUGUGAAGCCUCUACAACUUAGUUCUACCUUGUACAUGGGGAUGACAUAGGCCACCAGCAACCAAUCAUAUGCAAAAGGCUGGACGAUCAUGCCUGUAAACUCCAUCCACUGGUUCCGCAAGGGUCUGCGUCUCCAUGAUAACCCAGCUCUUCUGGAGGCUGUGCGAGGAGCAGACACCUUGCGCUGCGUUUACUUCCUGGACCCCUGGUUCGCCGGCUCCUCCAGUGUAGGCGUCAACAGGUGGAGGUUCCUGUUGCAGUGUCUGGAGGAUCUGGACGCCAGCCUCCGCAAGCUCAACUCUCGCCUCUUCGUCAUCCGCGGCCAGCCCGCCAACAUCUUCCCCCGCCUCUUCAAGGAGUGGAAGAUCUCCCGGUUGACGUUUGAGUGUGACUCCGAGCCCUUCGGUAAGGAGCGGGAUGCGGCCAUCAGGAAGCUGGCAUCAGAGGCCGGAGUGGAGGUCAAGGUCAAGACCUCGCACACACUAUACAACCUGGACAAGAUCAUUGAGCUGAAUGGCGGUCAGCCUCCUCUCACCUACAAGCGUUUCCAGACACUGGUGAGCAACAUGGACCCCCCCGCCGCGCCGGUGGAGCCCCUCUCCAAGGCCCUGAUGAAUGGUUGCAGGACGCCUGUCUCCGACAACCACCAAGACAAGUACGGGGUACCCCUGCUCGAGGAGCUUGGGUUUGACACGGAAGGCUUGUGUCCUGUGGUGUGGCCCGGAGGAGAGACUGAGGCCUUGACCAGGAUAGACAAACAGUUUGGGAAGGACUCCGCCUCGGCCCUGCAGGAGAUGGUCGAGAGGCCGAAGCUGAACUCCAGUCUGCUGCUGGCCAGCCCCCUGGGCCUGAGCCCGUACCUGCGCUUUGGCUGCCUCUCCUGCCGCCUCUUCUACUCCAGACUCACGCAGCUCUACAACAAGGCGAAGAAGAACGCCAACUACGACAAGCUGCUCUGGCGUGAGUUCUUCUACACGGCGGCCACCAACAACCCACGCUUCGACAAGAUGGAGGGCAACCCCAUCUGCAUCCGCAUCCCCUGGGACAAGAACCCAGAGGCGCUGGCCAAGUGGGCCGAGGCCAAGACCGGCUUCCCCUGGAUCGACGCCAUCUUGACCCAGCUGCGGCAGGAGGGCUGGAUCCACCACCUGGCGCGCCACGCCGUGGCCUGCUUCCUCACCCGCGGAGACCUCUGGAUCAGCUGGGAGGAGGGCAUGAAGGUGUUUGAGGAGUUGCUGCUGGAUGCCGACUGGAGUAUGAACGCGGGCAGCUGGAUGUGCCAUUCCUGCAGCUCCUUCUUCCAGCAGUUCUUCCACUGCUACUGCCCCGUGGGCUUCGGCCGCCGCAUCGACCCCAACGGAGACUUCAUCCGACGCUAUUUACCUGUCCUCCGAGGUUUCCCAGCCAAGUACAUCUACGACCCGUGGAACGCGCCCGAGGAGGUGCAGCUGGCGGCCAGGUGCCGGGUGGGCGUGGACUACCCCAAGCCCAUGGUCAACCACGCCGAGGCCAGCCGGCUCAACAUCGAGCGCAUGCGGCAGAUCUACCAGCAGCUCUCGCGCUACAGGGGCCUCAGUUUGCUGGCCACCGUGCCCUCCAAUCAUGGAGAGGACGUCAAUGUGAACAGCCUUAAAUCGCACCAGUCUAGCAAGAGGCGACGCAGCAAUGGCCAUGGUAGCCGCCGGGAGAAAGAGAGAGAGAGGGAGAGGGAGCAGCGCUCAGGGGAGGAGCACGCUGGGCCCAGUGGAGUCAAGCACCGCAGCACCGGCCCUGGGGACCCUAUCAACUGUCGUGGGGCAGCCCAUACCCUCAAUGGUGCAGUUGGGUCCAUCCAGUGCCUAGGCCACUGCAGCCAGUUUGCCAUACCACAGCACAUAGGUCGAGUGGGCCGCAGCAGUGGCGGAGGAGGGAAGAGGGCCCGGGAGUCGGAACAGGAGUCAGGAGCUGACAACAGGUUGUUUGCAUCGCCGGGCAUUAAUGGCCAGUGGCAUAGCAAAGAGAAGAAUGUGGCGCAGCAGGACGAAAGAAUGACCAUGUCAUCGUGAUUAGUUAUACAUAGUCUAGAAACAGUUAUAUAAAUAUUGUGCUAUAUGUGCUAAAUACUAUGUACCAACUGGUUUUUAUCAAAAACAAAACAUAAAAAAACAAAAAUCCUCACUUCAGACGAGAAAAAAACAACAACUUUCCUAUCGAAAACAGUAGAUGUAUUGUUACGAGAAAAAAAAAAAAGUUGGACCCAAAGGUAGAUUUUAUUUCCCUGUUUUAAAUGUGCAUUGGGAUUCUCUUUUAACUUGUACGGAUCGAUGAGAUGUUUUAAACUUUUUUACCCGUCUAUGAAGUCAGGCUUUCUGUAUACUACACUGCUCACCGUAGUGGUGUCUUACAUACUCAUCUCUGCCUCUUUGAAGAUGAAGAAGACGAAGAAGGAGAAAAGAAAUGAAACCUUCUUAUUACUUGGUGAAUAAUUGUUUUGGGAUUUCUUGCAGAAUGUCCCAACAGUCCUAGGAAUAUGUACGUGUCAUUGAAUUUGAACCUACAUUCACCAGCAUAUGAGAUUCUGUAGCCACGCCUCCGUUAAACCCAGGGCAGGGCUUGGUUACCUUGCGUCAGGGUAUCCUUAAACUGCUGUUGUCAAAUACAUGAAGGGAGUUUUGUGUUUUAACUCGUUAGGUCUGUAUCAGACCUUGCAGUACCAGCACGAAUGCUCAAUAUUUUUUUGUCUCCCAUAGCAAAAGCAUACCUCUCUUUUAAUCCAGUACCUCUGUCUAGGAAUUUGUUUUUAUCUACCCAUCUGCCUUCUCAUGUAGAGAUGGGCAAAGGAUGAUGGAAUAUCUGCAUACAGCUUUUAUGUUAAAGGCACACUGUCCCCCUAAAUACUAACCACUGAUGGUAAGGCGGGUUUUUACAAACACUACGUACGCCUUGUGUGCUUAGAGAGCGUUGCUGUACAUUACGCCGCCUGUUGUCCUCUCUCAUAACCCCGUGAUUGACAGCUGGCAAACCUGCUUUGAGUCGGUUCCUCCCCUGCAAACUGUUUACUAACUUCAAGGGUGGAAAGACUGGUUUAGUGAAGCGUCUCUGUAUACUCUGCACAGUGUUUACCUCAAGGCACAGUGACUGGUGUAGUGAAUUGUCUCUUAAAUGCAGAUGCGUCAGUCCUGGGUUCAGAAAAAAAACUGCCAUAUAUUUCAUCCAAAUAGCUCUGUAUUAGUUGAUUGUUGUCAGCUCUCAUGGUAUGUGUUUUACAUGAUCGACUCAGGUGAAGUCACUUGGGCUACAUACAAGGACAACAUGUCAGGGAACUCCAAAUUGACAUCUCUGUUUCUCUGCCAUCUGUUUACAUUGGGGGUGGGAAAUGUGUUUUUAAGAGCUGUGUAUCUACAGUACUGGAUUCUCCGCUGUUCCUCUGCUGUGUAGUGUCCCUGAUGCAGUGCACGGCCAUUCCUUGUUUUCUGGAAUUUGUCUCUUCAUUAUAGCCUGACCAGCCAAAUGCCUAGUCACUUUCUUCACUGGUAGAAAACAGAGUAUUAGUGAACCACCCCACAACCCACAACCUCAGCCCCUCACCACCACUAGUUUUCCAUCAUGCACAUAUUGCUACUGUAGCAUAACUAUACAGAGCUAGUGUAUCCUCCAUCCCUCAGCAGAAAGCACAGCUUUAAAUUCCAGUCAUCUGUUGGGUUUUGUAAGGUAUGGCAGGGGAAACUACCAAAAAAAAACAGAGUUCAUUUGGCCGCUUGCUCGUGUCUGGAGUUCUACUGGGUCCCUCAACAAGCUUCUUGCUGUUGCAGCUUCGCAUGUUGUCUCUGCUGCUCUCUCUCUCUGCUGGUUCUUAUUUGGCGUCAUGUAUACUACAACAGUCCAUGAGUGCAAAGCUGUACAUUUAUGCCGUUGUGUUUUCAUUUUUUUUCUACUGAAAUUUCAUAUUCCCUUUUUUUUUCUCGCUUCCAUGGCAAAAUUUAUAUUAUAUAUAUUAAAAAGUCAGUAUAAAAGAAGCUCUAGUUUGUGUAUAUUGUACCACAUUAAAUGACAAAAUAAAAUGAUUGAAAAUCA